AGUUGAGGUUACGGACGUAUUUUGAAAUAAAAAUACGUAAUUUUUUAUUCAAAUUCAAAUAUUAUAUGAUUUCGUGAGAAUUAUCGAGCUGGAUAUGUAGGCGAUUCCUGGGUGCAGGCUAUGUAUGUAACACGGACGAAGCCGGGGCGAACAGCUAGUUAAAUACAACAAUGGACUAACACAAACUGCGAACGAGUAAUUAAAAAUGUUAAUAGCAUUUAUUUUCCUUGUUUUCGCAAGCGGGGGAUUGCCUCAGAACAUUGGCGAUCAGUGCAUAGUGCAACCAACUCAAAUCAUCGGCAGAUGUGUUCCCGCCAACGAGUGUGUUUCCGUCAGACAGGAUAAUUCGCGCAACGGUAUAAACCCUUCCAUAUGCUCAUACACUUUUGAUAGUGUGAUAGUGUGCUGUCGAGAUGGGUCCUCCAUCUUGCAAGCGGCCACACAACAACGCGAUCGCAGGCCGGUCUGGUCGAAUCAGUCAGCGAAUCGAAACAGCAGAAUGAGACUCAGCGAAAGGAAGUGCGUAGAGUACAGCCGAGGGGUGACGCAGACGGUGGAUUUCAUCCCCCUCGUCCCAGAGCCCGACACGCUCUCCAUAUCCGCUGCGAAGUGUGACUAUAAUGGAGUUGAACUGAUCGUGGGCGGAGAAGCAGCGAGCACGGGCGAAUUCCCACAUAUGGCAGCGAUUGGUUGGCUGGACGAGGACCAGACCUCGUACGUAUUCCUCUGCGGCGGGUCCCUCAUCAGCUCGCGGUUCGUGCUGACAGCUGGUCACUGCACCAAAACCACCAGGCGAAUAAACAGCUCGCCAACGAUAGUACGUCUCGGCGAUCAGAAUCUCGAUCCCGAAGUGGAAGAUGGUGCUGAGCCAGUUGAAGUGGGCAUAAAGAGCAUUAUACCCCACCCGCAGUACCGAUCGCCCAGUAAAUACAACGACAUUGCGUUGGUCGAAUUGAUGACCGAUGUUGAUUUCAGUAGUAACAUACGACCAGCUUGCUUGUGGGUGAAACCCGAUUUUAACGGGCAUGCUAAAGCCCUGGCCACGGGCUGGGGUGUUACGGACCCUAACUCACGCAUAAAAGAAACAUCGAAAGAGCUGCAGAAAGUGUCUCUCACACUGCUCGAGAACCGGUACUGCGACCGCUUGUUGGUGGACUCUAUCAACCGCAACUGGCAGGGCUUCGCCCCUUCACAGAUGUGCGCCGGCGAGCUGAGAGGAGGAAAGGAUACCUGCCAGGGCGACUCAGGCUCCCCCCUGCAAGUCGCGUCACGGGACAACCAGUGUAUAUUUCACGUCAUCGGCGUGACGUCAUUCGGCCGAAAAUGCGCCCAAUCUGGCAAACCAGCUAUUUAUACCCGGGUAUCCAGCUAUCUGGACUGGAUAGAAAGUGUAGUUUGGCCCGGGGAAUAAGUGUAGAUUAAUUAUAAAGUUUUAAAUAUAGAUUUUAUAAUUUAUUAUUA